AUGUAUUGCGAUUGUUGGUUGAGUAUUCGGAAACACUCGUCCAUUUCCGAUUGUGUUGAUGUUAUGGUGCAACAGUGGUCAGUAUAUCUGCAAUACAUAAUUGGGCCCGGAACAAGUACUCUGAUGGGGCGAGAUCUUGGUAAUGGAGUAGAUGUGAGACCGUUUCCUAACCCGAGCCCUCAAGAUGGCGGUGAGUGGCCGAAGCGACAUGUGGCUGGGUGUCGUCGUGGAAGAGAAGAAGCACGGAACCACAUGGGAAAACUUGCAAGGAAGAUGGGAAUAAUUCAUCGAGAGCCCACAAAACAAAAACCUGCAAGAAUAAAUGAAACCCACGCAGAUCAGCAGACCGCAACAGAGUCAACUGCGACUGAGGAAACCGAAGAAGGUUCUUCACAAAAUGACGCCAUUUGGCUCUCGGAGGACAAUUCAAACUCGGAAAAAAGUAGAAAAGACGAUGAAGAUUUCAUAUGUCGUGCUCUCAAACCAAAGCAACUAAGGUUGCCACGAUUCUACGGGGACGAAGAAGAGUUCCCUGAAUUUUGGGCAAUAUAUGAAACGCUCGUUGACCAAAGUAUAGGUGGACUUACCGAAAAGUACCAAACAAACAUUGUCCCCCUCAAAUCAGCAAUACCUUUGGCAAGGAGAUCUAUUAGGAAAUGCUUGACCAAAAAUUUCGAAUGCGAGCUUGCAUGUGGUACGACUUCAAGCAAGGCAAAUCGGCUGCUGAAUCUCAUCGUGCCCUAUCUGAGGUAUUCGGCCCUGUCAGAAAGCCAGUGUCGACGAUGGUUCCAGCGUUUCAAAAACGGUAAUGAAAGCUUGGAGGACGAAGAACAUGGAAGUCGGCCACAAGUCGUCGAUGACCAAGUGUUGAAGUCCGUCAUUGAAUUGGAUCCACGCCAAACCACUCGAGAACUGGCAACACAUUUUGGUUGA